UAGAUCAAAGUAGUUUUAAUUUCUCUGCAAUAUUGAAGAGAUAAACACUACUGAGCUACACACCACCACUACCCACCCACUCAGUAUAUUCUAUUUUCCGAACAUUUCUGCAAAAAUACAAAAAGCAAAAAGCUGAGGCAGUUUUUUCUCUUUAAAGCUCCCAUUCUUGUUCUUUGACUCUUUUUCAUUUUUCAAGAUUGGGUUUUUAUUGAUCCAAUGGAGGUGGGAUUUCUUGAUCUUAUUCCUGUAUAUUUUAUGAGAUACUACAGCCCAUUUUGUGUACAGUGAGCUCUGAGAAUAUUAUUUGACUAUUAAAUCAUGUUACUCAAAUUAAUAGUGUCCACGUACAACACAUUUACAUAUGUGUUGAGGGACAAUAUUCUAUAGCACGAUUUCCCACCGGCCUUUUUCCUCUUCCUCAGUGGUUCAUCCGCCCAAGACUGCAUUUUUCUCGAUUUCCAUUUUGUAGUGUUUUCGUGUUUGUCUCUUGUUCUCACCAUUUCUCCAAAAAGAAAAAGGCUUCUUUGUUUUUCUUGAGUUUGUUGGAGCAAUUUUGGGGUGGAACUGAAAAGGGGCUAGUUUUAUAGUGUUGGCUUUUAAAAGUGUUUUGUUUGGAAUGAUUUCCCCAUGAUUUUGAGAAAGCCAGUGAUGGAUAUUGAGAGCUGGAGCCCUGAUAGUAAUAAAAAUCCCAUAAAGAGGGAAUCAUGGAGAACUGUUUUGACAUUGGCGUAUCAGAGCUUGGGUGUUGUCUAUGGCGAUUUGAGCACUUCGCCUCUGUAUGUGUACAAGAGCACUUUUGCAGAGGACAUUCAGCACUCAGAGACUAAUGAGGAGAUAUAUGGGGUUUUGUCAUUUGUGUUUUGGACUUUAACUCUGAUCCCACUUCUCAAAUAUGUGUUCAUAGUGCUUAGAGCUGAUGAUAAUGGCGAAGGAGGGACCUUUGCCUUGUAUUCCCUCCUCUGCCGCCACGCCCGUGUGAGCACGCUCCCGAAUGGUCAGCUCGCCGAUGAGGAUUUGUAUGAAUACAAGAAAGAUGGGAUUGCAUCUGGUAAUUUCAGAGGCCUUGGUUUGAGAUUGAGAUCCACAUUGGAGAAGCAUAGGGUGCUGCAGAGGAUGUUGCUCAUUUUGGCCUUGUUUGGGACUUGUAUGGUGAUUGGAGACGGGGUUCUCACCCCCGCGAUUUCUGUUUUCUCUGCAGUUUCGGGGUUGGAGCUCGUUGUGUCAAAGCAUCAUCACCAAUAUAUAGAAGUCCCGGUUGCUUGCGUGAUUCUGGUGUUCUUAUUCUAUCUCCAGCACUACGGGACUCACCGAAUAGGAUUUCUAUUUGCACCGGUAGUGAUCACAUGGCUCUUCUGUAUCAGUGCCAUCGGAGUUUACAACAUCAUACAGUGGAAUCCGCACGUUUACAAGGCACUCUCUCCGUAUUACAUGUACAAAUUCCUGAGGAAGACACGGAGAGAUGGCUGGAUGUCGUUGGGCGGGAUUCUGCUAUGUAUAACAGGUUCGGAGGCUAUGUUUGCUGAUCUUGGACACUUUUCACAGAUGUCCAUCAAGAUAGCCUUUAGCUGUGUCGUCUAUCCGUCCUUGAUCCUCGCGUAUAUGGGACAAGCUGCAUAUCUUUCCAAACAUCACAUCAACGAGAGCGACUACCAGAUUGGAUUCUACGUAUCAGUACCCGAAAAGCUACGUUGGCCUGUUCUUGCAAUCGCCAUUCUUGCUGCGGUGGUGGGAAGUCAAGCUAUCAUUACUGGGACGUUUUCGAUCAUCAAGCAAUGUUGUGCAGUGGGUUGUUUUCCGAGGGUCAGAAUAGUACACACAUCGUCUAAAAUUUGCGGCCAGAUUUACAUCCCGGAAAUCAACUGGACUCUUAUGCUGCUCUGUUUGGCUGUUACUAUUGGAUUUAGAGAUACAAAACACAUCAGUAAUGCAUCAGGUCUCGCUGUUAUAACAGUUAUGUUGGUUACAACAUGCCUUAUGUCUCUUGUGAUCAUAUUGUGCUGGAAUAGAAGUGUCUUAUUCGCCCUCGGCUUCAUAUUAUUCUUCGGCUCCAUCGAAGCGCUCUACUUCUCCGCUUCUCUGAUCAAGUUCCGCGAGGGCGCUUGGGUCCCUAUCGCGCUUUCUUUCACAUUCCUUGCGAUAAUGUACACGUGGCACUACGGGACGCUGAAGAAGUACGAGUUCGAUGUCCAGAACAAGGUCUCCAUCAACUGGCUCUUAGGUUUGGGUCCGAACCUAGGGAUCGUCCGUGUCCGAGGGAUUGGCCUCAUCCACACGGAGCUCGUGUCUGGGAUUCCGGCCAUCUUUUCGCAUUUCGUGACGAAUCUCCCUGCCUUCCAUCAGGUUCUGGUUCUGUUCUGCAUCAAAUAUGUUCCCGUGCCUCAUGUUCGAUCCGACGAGCGAUUCUUGGUCGGACGAGUCGGGCCGAAGGAGUACCGCGUUUACCGAUGUAUCGCGCGAUACGGGUACCGUGACACGAUCAUAGACGACGUCGAGUUCGAGAAGGAUCUCGUGUGUAGCAUAGCAGAGUUCAUCCGGUCGGAGGGGUCGGAAUGCAACGGUUCGUCCGAACACACUCUCGAGAACGAAGAGAAGAUGACGGUCAUUGGGACGUCAUCGUCCCACGCAAAAGGCGUCAAACUAUGGGAGGACGACGAGGGUGGAGAUCCGCAAUCGUGCGAUGAUGCCACCACGAGCACGAACGAGCUCGGGGAGAUCCGAUCGCCUGUGGGGCCGAGGAAGAGAGUUAGGUUUCUCGUCCCGGAGAGCCCGGAAAUCGAGAAAGAGGAGCGGACCGAGCUACGGGAACUCAUGGAAGCGAGGGAGGCGGGGAUGGCGUUCAUUCUAGGUCACUGCUACGUGAAGGCGAAGACGGGGUCGAGCUUGAUGAAGAGGCUCGUUGUGAACGUCGGGUACGACUUCCUCCGGAGGAACUCGAGAGCGCCGACGUACGCGUCGAGCUUCCCGCGGGCGUCGACGCUAGAGGUUGGUAUGAUCUACCAUGUAUGAUACCUUGUGCAGCUUCUUGUUUUUGGAAGUUUGGUUUAUGUAAAAUGUAAAUGGAUUGAAUCAGUCUUUUAUACGAGGUAAAGUAAGCUCAAGUUCAAAUGAA